ACCGGAAUGAUAACAUUGGCCCACCUCCAUCGCUAUGAGGGUUUCAUCUCUUUCCAUCAUAUGAGUGAUCCCAAUUCAGCCCCAAAAAAUAUUCCAGUUGUAUACUGUGAGAGUGAGAGCGAGUGGGUGUGAACUCAACUAGUAAUGUCUUCGGCUUUCCAAUUGCAUUUGCAUUCUCUUCUACCUCUUUGCAAAACCCUUCCCUUCUUUUAUUUUCUUUAACCACACACGCCUCCCCCAAAUCAAACCUCCCUUUACUUUUUUUAUUUCCUACAUUCAUUCAUAUACUCCAACUCUAACAUCGUUUAUUUAUUAACUAUUAUAAUUCUAUUAUACUGCAAGAUCUGAUUCUUUCAAACUAAAUUAGGGGCUUUUUAAGCCCCGCGAUUUACAUUACAUCUCAAACAUCCAAAUAGUUCCAUUAAGUAUUAACACUAAAAAAAAAUGAAAGAUUCAGAAAAAUUAAUUUGGGAAAAUACGAAGAAUCCUACAUCUGGCACCCCCAUUUCUAACGGAGGUGUAUUAGCAACAACACAAUCUCGCACCUCCCACAAGCUUCUCGUCUUACUCAUCCUCUUCGUUUCCAUUACCUACGUCGUUUACUCGCUCAAACUCGUCUCAACUUCACGCGCUUGUAAAGAUACACCAUUUACAUUCUCCACCGACACUCUCUCUCUUGCUUCAAAAUCAACUCUCUCACUCAUCAAUGCAACCACCGCAACAACAACCACCGCCGCCGCAGAGAAAACAAACCUCCGCCACGUGGUUUUCGGAAUCGCCGCGUCGGCGAAACUUUGGGAACAGAGAAAAAACUACAUUAAACUAUGGUACAACGCUACCGAAAUGCGUGGCGUAGUGUGGUUAGACAACAAAGUAAAAACAGAGAAAAACGAGAGUCUCCCACCGGUGAGAAUCUCCGGCGACACAUCGAAAUUCGCGUAUAAAAACAAACAAGGUCACCGGUCCGCGAUCCGAAUAUCGCGGAUCGUAUCGGAAACACUCCGUCUAGGGAUGAAAGAUGUACGGUGGUUCGUAAUGGGAGACGACGACACCGUUUUCGUAACAGAGAAUCUUAUAAGGAUUUUGAGAAAAUACGAUCAUAAUCAAUUUUAUUACAUCGGAAGUUUAUCGGAGAGUCACUUGCAGAACAUUUUCUUCUCUUACGGAAUGGCUUAUGGCGGUGGUGGGUUUGCUAUAAGCUAUCCUUUGGCAAAAGCGCUUCACAAAAUGCAAGAUCGUUGUAUUCAACGGUAUCCUGGAUUGUACGGUUCAGAUGAUAGAAUGCAUGCUUGUAUGGCUGAACUCGGUGUUCCACUCACUAAAGAAACAGGGUUUCAUCAGUAUGAUGUGUAUGGCAAUCUGUUUGGUCUUCUUGCGUCUCAUCCGGUGACUCCGUUAGUGUCACUGCACCACCUUGAUGUGGUUGAGCCAAUCUUCCCCAAUGUGACUCGAGUAGAAGCCCUACAACGGCUUACUAUACCAAUGAAGCUUGACUCAGCAGGGCUCAUGCAGCAAUCCAUCUGCUACGACAAAUCAAAGCACUGGACCGUUUCUGUUUCAUGGGGUUUCACUGUUCAGAUAUUCCGUGGGGUAUUUUCACCCCGAGAGAUGGAAAUGCCUUCAAGAACAUUCUUGAAUUGGUACAGAAGAGCAGAUUACACUGCAUAUGCAUUCAAUACACGUCCGGUUAGCCGAAAUCCAUGCCAGAAGCCUUUUGUCUUUUACUUUUCGAAGGCGGAGUACAAUGAUACAAUGCAACAGACACUGACUGAAUAUGAAAGGCAUCGUGUUCCUCACCCAGAAUGUCGGUGGAAGAUGGCCGAUCCUUCUUCUCUUAACAGAGUAGAGGUAUAUAAGAAGCCGGAUCCGCAUCUAUGGGAUAGAGCUCCAAGGAGAAACUGUUGCAGAGUUAUGAAGUCAAAGGAGAAAGGAACCAUGGUUAUAGAUGUGGGUAUGUGUAGGGAAGGUGAGGUAAGUGAAGCAUAGUUUUCACAUGUUACUGGUAAAUUAAGUAUUUUAGGGAGGUGGAUUAAUAUUAUGUAUUAUCUUCUCUUGGUGUUUCACAUAAAAAUUUCUUUAUUUAUAUUUAUUGGGUGGCUCACUCCCACUAUGUGAGAUUUUGUAAUUCUUUCCCCCCGAGUUCACUGAAAAGAAGUGAGAGUUGGGGAAAAAUCAAUGUACAAAGAAAUUUGUAGUUUAAACAAUUUACGUGGGACAAUGGUAGGAGAAGUUUACUUUGUAUUAUUGAUGUAGAGCCAUGCUUAUUAAUAUCAUGUGCCAGUCUGUUAUUUCCACCUACAUCAAUUAUGAACUUCCUAAUGAGAAUAUCUUUUAUGAA